UGCCAAAUCCACCAUGGAGGUGUACCACCGGCCCUGCGACGAGGGUGGCUUCAAUGCUGAGGAAGCGCAUAAUGUCGUCAAAGAGUGUGUUGAUGCAGUGUUGGGAGGCGAGGACUACAAUCAUAACAACAUCAACCAAUGGACUGCAAGCAUAGUGGAGCAAUCCCUAGCACAUUUGGUUAAAAUGGGCAAAGCUUAUAAGUACAUUGUGACCUGUGCUGUGGCCCAGAGGAGUGCCUAUGGAUUUCAUACAGCCAGCUCAUGCUUUUGGGAUACUACAUCUGAUGGAACCUGUACUGUAAGAUGGGAGAACCGUACCAUGAACUGUAUUGUUAAUAUCUUUGCAAUUGCAAUUGUCCUGUAACCCAGUAAAUAUGGGUUCAAGCCAUUACCUUAAGUUCGUGAGUGUAUCCUUUCUAAAAAGAGUAAUAAUUACCUAUUAAUGUGCUAGAUGACAAGUGUGCAAUAUGCUUCAAAGCUAUCAACAAAAACUGAAUAUUAUAAGGAAAAGUCUAAUAAAUAAGAUC